AUGAGUGAAAAACAGCCUCGUGGGUGGGAUAAAAUUAGUGAUGGAAUUAGUACCGAGAAGCAAGUAAUGGCAGAGCAAAAGACUAUCAUUAUUUCACAGCCAUCCGCUCGACCAUCUGUAAUUUCAAAUACAGAACCUUUAACUGAUGAAUAUUUAGAUUUAAUUUUGCCAUCAGUUGGCUAUAAAAUUGUUCCUAUUCCAAAGCGUUUUCAAAAACAGCAAUCAGAAAGAGUUAUUUUACAAGAAGUUGAAUCAAAUAGCGGAAGGAUCCCAGCUGAAUUCCAAAAAUUAUAUACAGAUACUCGCCCUGACGAAGAACUAACACCAGAUGAGCAACAUGAACGCUUCGCAAUGAAAUUAUUAAUGCAAAUCAAGGAUGGUACUGUUUACCAACGUAAAAUGGGUAUUCGAUUACUUACUAAUUAUGCUCCCACUCUAGGAGCAGAGCUUAUCUUUUCAAAAUUCAUUCCUUUAAUUCAAUCAACAGUUUUAACAGAAUUAGAAAGACAUACACUUAUUAAAACUCUCGACAGAUUAAUGUACCGAUUGUCCAAUUCAAUUCUUCAAUACAUUCCCGAUUUACUAAAAUUUGUUGGUCCAAUGUUGAUUGACAAAGAACCAGUCACCAGAGCUGAAGGCCGUGAAGUCACAUCGAAUCUUGCCAAGAUUGCUGGUAUGCCUAUCAUUCUAAAAACGCUUCGUCCCAAUCUCGAAAGUGAAGAUGAAGAUAUCAGAUCGAUUACAUCCCAAAUCUUAGCAACAACUGCCACUAGCAUUGGAAUACCCCAGAUAUUCCCAUUACUUCGUGCAAUGCUCUCAUCAAAGAAGUCCUGGUAUUGCAAACACACUGCGAUUCGAACAAUCGACCAAAUUUGUUUCCAAAAUCGAAAUGGAAUUUUGCCCCACCUCUCUGUGUUGAUCGGAAUGAUUCUCCCAUGCCUUGAUGAUGAAGAAGAACCUGUCCAGCGCCAGGCAAUUAAAUGCGUAAGGGCAAUGGCUGAUGCUGCUGCUCCUUAUGGUGGAAAAAUGUUUGAAAAAGUAACAGAAAAAAUUUUACAAGGUUUACAAACGAAAAUGCACAAAUUCUGUUUAAACGCCAUGUCAUCGUUGAUGCUGACAAUGGAGCAGAGUGUCUGCGCACUCUAUUUCCACCGAUUGUUCAUGAAACUCGGUCAUUCUUUCGAAUCUCAAGAUUUGAAAGAAAAAAUUGCCGGCUUGGCACUUUUUGAAAAUUCUCUUAUCAAAGAUGCAGUUCAAAUUGACGAAUUGAGAGCUCUAUACGAUCCUUUCUUCAGAGGAUACUGGAAUCAGAGGAGUACAUUAAAUAAAUCAUUGACAACAAAAAUUAUAAAAGUAACAACAAUGAUUGCGCAAAGAUCUUCACUUUCUGAGACAAUAUUCUCUAUGUUUGGUGACUUCAAAGUUAUGUCCGAUGACUACAAAUGCUGUGUAAUGCAAUGCCUCAGAGAUAUAAUUCGAAAUUUGUCACUUAAAAAUUUGACAAAUUCUGACAUGACUCAAAUUUGUGAAAAUAUUUUGUUUGGCUACGAUAAUGUCGAUGAUGAAAAGAUCAAAUCUAUUUUUUACAAAGGAAUCGAAGAAUUCUUGGCAAAUAGUGAUGAUAGAAUCGGCUCAAUUCUUGAAUACGUCACAGACCAAAUAAACCAAAAAAUUAAUAUGCCAAACGCAAAAACAAGAGAAAAAGGUGCCAAAAUUUUGACACUUUUUGCAGAAACAUUUGACAAAUGUAAUGUUCGACCACCAUUGAUCCAUUUCUACGAAGUUACGCAAGAAAUGUUCAUUGAAGAAUAUCCUAACGUGCUUUCAGCUGUUUUAAGCGGUUGUGGCAAAUGUUGUCAGUAUUUAAAGGUUGAAGAAAUGCGAACUAAACCAGAUGAUGUCAUUCCGAAGCUUGUUCCUGUUUUAAAGAACAGAAAUGAAGAAGUUGCAUAUUCCUGUGUGAAUUUAAUCAACAACUUACUUCAAAAAAGCUCAAAUGAUGAUAGACAAAACAGAGAAUGGAUGAGAAUCUGUUUUGAACUUUUAGAACUUCUCAAAAGUGAUAAGAGAAAAGUCAGAGAUUCUGCGAUUAAUUGUUUUUCAAACAUCGCCAAAAAGAUUUCUCCUUUCGAUGUUCUUUUGGCUCUUCUAAAUAAUUUAAGAGUCCAAGACAGACAAAUAAGAUUGUGCACAACAAUAGCUAUAUCUGCAUUGGCCGAAAACGUUGGUCCUCACAUUGUUUUGCCCGCUCUGAUGAAUGAAUAUCGAACACCCGACAUGAACGUUCAAAAUGGUGCUUUAAAGGCAUUGAGUUAUUUAUUCCAUGAUAUCGGAAAGGAAGUAAGUGAUUAUUGUUAUGCAAUUACACCUUUGUUAGUGUAUAGUUUGAUAGAAAGAGAUGACAUCCACAGACAACAAAGCUGCAAUGCAGUUACUUCUUUCACGGUUGGUUUAUAUUGCCAAGGAAAAGAAGACUGUUUGUUGCAUAUCUUGAAUCACUUGAUUCCAAAUGUUUUUGAGUCUGGAAUGCAUUUCAUUGAAGCGUUUAUGAAUGCAAUGGAUGCAAUGAGAUUGUCAUUAGGACCUGGAUUAAUUCUCAAUCAUUGCUUGGCUGGUUUGUUCCAUCCUGCAAGAAAAGUUAGAUCUCAGUUCUGGAGAAUUUAUAAUAACUUGAUUAUUUACAGCGGUGGAGAGUUAGUUCCUUUCUAUCCAAUUAUGAAAUCAACUGAAAAGAAUAACUAUCAUAGAGAUGAUUACGAUGUGUUUGUUUGA